AUGAUAACACUAGAGUCGGAAGAACCGAUAAUCCAACAAAUAAACCCACCCACCUCAAAGGCCAACCCAGAACCUACAACAAAACCCCAGUUCGGCAUGCCUCCAAAUGUUGGACAGACCAAAUAUUCACCACCCUUAGAAAGUAAAGCAACCCCAGAUUGGCAUUCUUACAGUGUUAUCUUUCAAAACAACUGCUUAGAUGCAUUUGUAGUUUCUAGCAGUUUUGUUAUGAUCCUCAAAACUUCUAGAACUUGGUUUAGCAAUUUCAUAUACUUUUUGGUAAAAACAAGAACACUUUCAAUAAAUCUUGACAGAUGUAUGGUAGAAGUUUUCACUAUUAUGAAUUUAAAUGGAUGGGAAGGCAUGCUAUUAAUAGGAAUCAAUGCUGCUAUAGGAGUUCGAGUAUCCAACGAGCUUGGAUCAGGAAAUGCAAGAGCGGCCAAGUAUUCCGUGAUAGUCAUUGUUUCUCAGUCCCUCUACAUAGAAAGUAAAGAUAUGCAAAACGCUGUUGCUCAUUUAGCCUAUCUUCUGGGCAUUACCAUGGUGCUUAACAGUGUCCAGCCAGUCAUAUCAGGUUCAAGUAUAAUUUUGUUGAUUAUAGGUGUCGCGGUUGGAGGAGGGUGGCAGGCCUUAGUUGCUUACGUAAACCUGUUUUCCUACUAUGUUAUUGGACUUCCUCUGGGAUUUUUCCUCGGCUAUAAGACUCCCUUAGGUGUGGAGGGUGUUGUGCUGCACUAUGCAUGGUAUUUGGAUAGGAAUGAUAAUCGGAACUAG